GUCAGGUACGGCCUCGGAGAGUAAGCGAGCACGCCGCUGGUGGGGGGUCAACAAAAUGAUGGCCGUACCUUCCGCCGAGAAGCGGCCACUCAAACGGCAAAAAUUAGGACCACCCGAUGUAUAUCCGCAAGAUGCCAAGCAAAAAGAGGAUGAAUUGGAUGAUGUCAGUGUUAAGCAGGGGUUCACCCACCGACCACAGAUUCAGGAUGAGUAUGGUAGUGCACAAAAUACCUCGAUCACGCCCGCUAAGGUGGCCAAUUACUUUAAUGCCAUCUUGAAGAAGAAAGCAGAGUCUAACCAGCUUCCAGAUACAGCCAGGAAGAAGCAACAAAUAAACAUUAAAGAUAACUUUUGGCUGGUGACACCAAGAUCCAAAACAGCCAUAGAGGCAUGGUUUAAAGAUCUGGCUGGCUCAAAGGCUCUCACAUCCCUCGCCAAAAAAGUUCCUAUAUUCAGCAAGAGAGAAGACAUGUUCUUGACACUGUGUGAGUACUCUGUGCCUAUGCUGCGAGCAACUUGGUUUAUAAAAAUGACUUCAGCAUACCAUGAGUCGAAGGUUGCAGAAUCUAAAAUUAAGAAGCGCCAACAACCUGAUAUUGCACAAGAAUGGACACAGACUCUCACAAGACUCCUGCGUGAACAGCACAAUAAAAUUGCAGAAAUUUAUCUAGGCAAUCCUAGUUCAACCUCGGGUGCUUCAUCUGCCGGCUCCACUCCUAAUGCCAACACCAGCGGAGCAUCUGCCCCAAGUAAUAGUACUGUUACAGCAGUCCCAACUCCACCCACAACUCAACCUCCACAGUCAUCUCCUCACAAUCAAGGAAUGUCAGGAUCUGGGAGUGUAGUACCUGCAAGUGGUGGAACAGGGCAGCCAACAACUGCACAGUUGACUCAUGUUGUGCGCAACUGGAAUUACUGUCUUCAGCUGGCUCACUUCAUGUAUCAGGAAGGCCUACUAGAUCGUCAAGAACUUUUAGAAUGGAUUGUGGAGACAUUUGUGCGUUGGCGUGGAACUGAGCACGAUGUUGUUCUUCGUGUGGUAUUGCCUCUGCCCUUACAGUAUUUGGACGAGAUCACACAGUCAGAGUACCUGUCACGCAAACUAGCCCAUUACUCUGCAGCAAAGCUGGCCCAGCUAUGUCAUGACUCUGGAUACUCCUCACCCAGACCACAGUCUCCUGUCAAUCAGCCUAGUAAUGGACUUGGCACGACUGGUCAGGGUUCUGGGAGUAGCCAGCCACCAGGCCCAACAAUAAACCCCUUGGCGGCAACUUUCCAGGAGCUUCUCUCUUGCCACCAGCACCGCCCAGUUGUCUUGGCUGCCUCCUGCUUCAUCCAGGCCAUCACCCUUGACUGUCCAACUGCACUUGUGUGGAACAAUGCUAGUGAAGGUAAAGCCUCUUCUUGGCUCACUGGGUCUCCCCUCGACCUGCUUCCCUGUGCCCCUUCUGAUCUCCCGAUGCCCCCUCGCUAUAAUAACCAGCAUGUCAGAGUUCAGCUGAAGAUGAUGGAGGAACACAUUAGACAGCGAAGUCGUGCUGCAGAGAAUCGGUGGUCGUUGGAUAAAUUUGCUGUUAAUGUAACUGCAUCUUUGCCUCUGUCAACAGGAUCCACAAUAAAUCGAGUCUUGGGAGCUCUUGAUGCACUUGAUCGCCACUGCUUUGAUCGGGUUGACUCGAAUAAUUCUCUCGACACCUUAUACAAUAAGAUUUUCGGCUCUACAAAGGAAGCAAAUAAUGAGAAUCCAAAUAGCAAUAGCAGCAGUAGCAGUAAUACAUACACUGGAAAUAACACCAGCAGUAAUAACACGAGCAAUAGCAAUGACGAGGCUAUUGUGCGGACCCUCUGUGAAUGGGCAGUGUCGGUGCAGCGCUGUGGAGAGCACCGUGCUCUGGUCGUUGCUCGCUUGUUGGAGAAGAGGCAGAAUAAUGUUACCUCGGCUGAGAAUGAUCUUCCAGAUGAAAAAGACUCGGUCACCUCCAAUCAGAUGGUUACCCCAGGUGGAUGCAUCUUCCAGAACCUUUUGCUCAAGUUUUUGGAUACACAAGCUCCUGUUUAUGAUGAGAAUGCUCUGUCAGUUAGAUCCCAGGAAUUUGGGAACUUGGUUCUCUUGUUUUCCGAGCUGAUCCGUCAAGAUGUGUUUAGCCACGAUACAUACAUGUGUACUCUCAUCUCCCGUGGUGAUCUAGCUACGGGCACUCCAGAUCUGAAGGCUGACUCAUCCUUUGGAGAAAAGAAGGAGGAUGGAACGGACAAUAUUGACGAAGAUCUUGGGAAAAUGGUUCAGAAGAUCGCUGUUGACACUAGUCUAGAAGAGUCUGGCACAGGUGGAAGAGGAGAACUUCGAGGAGAAGGUAAACAGCGGCCUCCUAGACACCUGGUGUAUGCACAACAUUUCCCAUUGCCUCAAGACGAUUCCUACAUGCAUGAGAUAAAUCAGCGGUAUGUUUUACUGUACGGUGUAGGCAAGACUCGGGAUGAAGCGCGAGCAGCAGUGAAGAAGCUAACCAAGGAAAUCUGCAAGUUGUUCAGCAAAAAGUACAGCAUUGAUAUUGCUGAAGGUGGUAAAGUGAAAAAAUCUUCAAGAGGAGACUUCAACUUUGAAGCAAUUUUGAGUAAAUUUUGUGGUCUUUCGUACUUUGACCAGCACCACAUCACAAGUACAGUGGCUUCUCAGGUUUUAGAGAUGCUGUCAGGCUGUGGUUCUGGCGUAUCAAACUACCUUCCGACCCACGACCACAUUGGUUUCCUUAUGGACCUCAUGGAAGUUGCACUUAAUGUUCAUGGGCUCAUUGAGCUCUGCAUUCAGAUGAUAAAAGAGGUUAGUGAAAUUGAGGCUCAGCUGGUAGAGCGGGGUUGUCUUGCAGGCUGGUAUUGUCCAACUCUUCUCCUUCACGUUGUUGGCGUUCUCAGGAAGUAUCAUUGUUCUUUACUGGUGUCUCAGGAGCAAACAUCUGCCAUCUUUGAGGGUUUGUGUCGCCUGGUUAAGGCUAAUCCCUCAGACUGCACGUCUCCUGAGCGAGUGGUGUUUGCUUACCUUUAUGAACUCUAUACAUCUUGCUCAUUCCUCAAGUCAAAACAUCAUGAGCUGUUCUCAGUAGUGUACCCAAAAAUUAAGCAAGCAUUGUAUGCCAGCAUCAGCCCAGCACAAGGAACGUACCGUUGGUCUCUCCAGUUCAUGGACGAAUACAUCAAAAAUCCAAAAUUAAAAAUUGACUCCAGUAUCAUCAAACAAUUAUCUGAUCCUGGCAACCGGUAUAGUUUUGUGUGUAAUGCUAUCAUUGAUGCUUGCUCAUCCAACACUUCUAAUGAAAAGCUGAAUGACAUGGCUGUCCUCUGUGCAGAGCUCACUGCUUCAUGCAAUUCUCUUUCUGCAGAAUGGUUAGGGGUCCUGAAUGCUCUAUGCUGCUCAUCCAAGGAUAGUCCUGGUUAUAUUGAUGUCCUGGGACAAGUUGGCCUUCGUGAUCCCCACUCAACCCCAACCAUUCACAGCUCUCUGGCAGUAUUCACUGCAAUCCUAAUUGCUCGGCAUUGCUUCACACUUCUUGACUUCCUCAAGUCUGUUGUCUUGCCCUCCCUAAUGGAAGCUUGGAACUCAGGUGAGGGCAAUCCUGAUGCAGAACCUGGUGCACGCCUUACUUGUCAUCUGCUGCUUCGUAUCUUCAAGAGUGUUGACUCUCCACAACCUGCACAGUAUUCAGCAGGUUCUUCUCAAAAUGUACCGGCAGGCAUGUCUCAACGGAAUAUCCGACUAAGCUGUGACCGACACCUUUUAGCAGCGGCUCACACUGCUAUCACACUCAGCCCGCUUCUUGCCGUCCUGAAGGCAAUGCUUAUUGUUGGUGACGUGUUGAGCGGCCAGAGUAAGAGCCAGGCUUCUAUAUCUGACAUCCUUGGCACCUCGGACAUGGGUAGUGGCUCCAAUGAUUCUGAUAUGAUGGGAAAAGAUGCUGACAAAGCAAGUCUGGCAGACUUUGCGCGUUAUUCCUUAAGGCAAAUAUGCUCACAGGAGUGGGUGAGGGAACGCUGUCUAAAAAUUCCAGAGGAACUUUGCAGUGCUGAGAAUCUCCUAGACAGUGCUAUUACCCCUAGACAGGCCCAGCGACUGUUGCACCAGAUCUGUCAUCCAGACUCUCCCAGCACUCACAAUGAUGCUUCACAAGAUCAGCGCACUAUUAUUUCCCAUAUACUUCAGGAUUUAGAUGAAUGGAGUCUACGCAUCUCAUGGCUGGACCUGCAUCUGAUGUACGAACAACAGAGAGUGUCAUCCCAGGAGCUCAACUCGUGGCUUGAUAAUGUGGCUCAGGCAGCUAUUGAAGUGUUCCAUCUUAGCCAUGAUCCUGAUAGAUCACCCAUGUCAGUCUCGCUCUCUUGUCACAGAACUCGAAAGCCUCAGUCCAUCUGUCUAGUGGCUCCACUCAUCUCUAAACUUCCAAAAGCUGUGCAGGGAAGAGUGUUGAAAGUGGCUGGUCAAGUGCUAGAGUCGGUUAAUUUUGGUGCCUAUUCUGGGAAUUCUAAACCAACGGAUGAUGAGAAUGCAACUAGUGAGGGUCCAGUAGUAAGCCCUCCUCCGAGUCACAGUCAGCCUAGCAGCGUGAGCAGUAGUAACGGCAUGGAGAUACCACCAGUAGGAAGACAGUUGGGACACUGGCCGCUUGCAUCUCACCGACCGUUCCUCCAGCUGGUGCUCAUGUGCCUUGAUGGUCAGGAUGAUCAGUUAUCUGAAUUACUAGAGUCUCUCAGGACACAACUCACACAGUCUCUCUUCUCUCCUAAAGAGGAAAAGCCUGGAGCUCUGCAAGUCACCUUUCCUGAAGAUGGCAGGAGCCGACAAUUGAUGCUGGAGGCAUUGAGUCUUCGGUUUGCUCUAGUGGGAGGCCUGUUUGAUGUAAUAACAUCUUCCUAUUCCAAUUCCAUCAUCACUGAAUGGGCUUUGCUCCUUGUUAAUCUCAUUAUAUUUGGUGUGAUUGACCUUUCUAACAAUAGUGAGCUCUUCAACACAGUGUUGGACAUGCUGGCAACUCUGAUUCACUCCACUCUAAUAUCUGAUGGACCUUCUGAGUCUCGUGAGGAGAACAGGCGCCAUUAUUAUAAUCUUGUCAAAAAGAUAAAAAAAGAAGUUGGUGAGCGUAACAAUGUGUCGCUACGCCUGGUCCGUCAACUGAUUCCACUGCCAAAGUUGCAAGCUGAAGUUAUUACCCUUGAGCCUUGGGGGUCUGUGACAGACACGAAAGGCAAUCGGUUACAAGAGUUUGAUAAGGACAAAAAGCAUGUACUUGCCGUUGAAGCACGGAACAAUUUGUGCAGAUGGUUGGUAACUGAUAUGUCUGCUGAAAAUUCCUCUUCACAUUACUCUACAUUAAAUGGUUUGCAAGCAGCAGAGAAGCAGAAGCUUAGUCCAUGGGAUAUUUUAGAUGGUCAUCGCAAUCCUGCUCCGUUAUCGUGGGCAUGGUUUGGUGCCACCCGACUCGAGCGCAAGCCUCUCAAAUAUGAAGAAGCUCAUAGACUGUUAAGGUUCCAUACACAUACAGUUCUGAAGCCUGUAGCCUUUUACCUUGAGCCACCACCGCUCCCUGUGGAAGAUCUUGAACCAGUACCAGACAAGCAGCAAGUUAAAGAAGAAGUGAAGGCUCCAGACACUCCUACGUCUGAUCAGUCACCCCGUGGAGCGUCAAAGCGCGGAGGCAAGACUCAGCGCAACAGGCGGCGGGCUCCCAGACAGGUGGCUAGUGUCAAUAUGGCAAGUCCCACAAUGCCAGCCAUGACGUAUCAAAACCCAGGCUUCAGCGGCCCAGCACCGGCACAAUGGGCUACUGGGUUUGGCCAGCAGCAGCCACCGCAGCAACAACAACCCUUCUACACUCAGCAGCCAUUACCACCAGAACCUUGGCCACUUACAACAAGGUUUAAAAAAAAUGCUAGUAAUGCAUACACGAAAAAGAGUGAUGACCAAUCUCCACUGAAGACAGGAACAGAGUUUAAUAUAAGGGAUAUUAAAACCAGUAGCCAUGAGACUGCUGAAGCUGGUGGGGCUCGAUUCCAGCCAAACAUUUCACACAGUCGAGUAGCAAUUCGACAAAUGCUUGGACAGCGCCACCCUGGAGGCCCACCGGGAAUCAUGCCUGGACAAUCUACCAAUCCAGGCUUCACAAACAUGGCUACUGGACCCAUGGCAACUAUAAGCCGUCAGGGGCCUAUGAUAAGGUCUGGACUUCGAGGGGGUAUCCCUGCUCCUCAACAAGGAGCCAUGUAUGGUAGUGGUGGAGCUAUGCAAGCUGGACCCAUGCCUCAAGGUAUGCCUGGCCAAGGUGGUCAGAUGUAUUCAGCCAUGGGUACUGGGGGUCCUGGAGGUCCUCCAGGAGGCCCUAAUGGUCCUGGUCAAGGUGGUAUGGGCCAAUAUGGAUCAUAUCAACAAGGCCCCAUGACAAGUGGACAGAUGAUGAGUCAAGGGCCAGCUGGAAAUAGUGUUCCUACAGGUCCUGGAGGUCCUACUAAUAGUAUGAUGAGUCAAGGCUACCAACCAGGGUACCAGGGUAACCCGGCCAUGAUGGGGUUACGCCAACAGCAGCCUGGUGGUUAUAUUGGACAAGGCAUGACUCAGUCACAGAUAGUACAGCGACCACAAUAUAUCCAGGGUCCUGGUGGAAAUGGCAGCAUGGGCAUAAUGAGUGGGAGCCAGGGAUACACUCGACCAGGUAUGCAGGCCAUGGGACCUGGGCAAACUCUGGGUCCAGGUGCUCAAGGCAUGGGCCCUGCUGGGCAAGGCAUGGGCCCUGCUGGCCAAGGCAUGGGCCCUGCUGGUCAGGGAAUGGGCCCUGCUGGUCAGGGAAUGGGCCCUGCUGGCCAGGGAAUGGGCCCCGCUGGCCAGGGAAUGGGCCCUGCUGGCCAGGGAAUGGGCCCUGCUGGCCAGGGAAUGGGCCCCGGUGGGCAGGGAAUGGGUCCCGGUGGGCAGGGAAUGGGCCCCGGUGGGCAGGGAAUGGGCCCCGGUGGGCAGGGAAUGGGCCCUGGUGGACAGGGAAUGGGCCCCGGCGGGCAGGGAAUGGGCCCCGGCGGGCAAGGAAUGGGCCCAGGUGGGCAGGGAAUGGGCCCCGGUGGGCAGGGAAUGGGCCCUGCUGGCCAGGGAAUGGGCCCCGGUGGGCAAGGAAUGGGCCCCGGUGGGCAAGGAAUGGGUCCCGGUGGGCAAGGAAUGGGUCCCGGAGGCCAGGGAAUGGGCCCUGGUGGCCAGGGAAUGGGCCCUGGUGGACAAACCAUGGGAGCAACCAGUGCUAGUAUGAUGAGACAGAGAAUGAUGAUGACAAAUGCACCAAACAGUGCUACACAGACAGGGCCAGGAGGUCCUGGUCAGGGAGGAGCUCUAUUAUCUCACCUGCAGCGACCAAUGGGGGGUGUACAACAGCAGCAGCAGCAACAGCAGCAGCAGCAACAGCAGCAGCAGCAGCAGCAGCAACAGCAGCAGCAACAGCAACAACAGCAACAACAGAUGAUGCAUGCAAAUUCUCAAGGACUCGGCUACCCACAGCAAGCACCGUAUUGAAUUAUGCAGCUGCACGCUUAAUGCUAUAGCUGUGCAGGCUAUACAAGAAAAUGCAUUCUGAAAAAGAUGAUUUUUUCUUUUGACAGUGUUAAUUAGCAUCCAGGAAGCAUGAAAAUCCACAUAAAAAGUCUGUACCAAUCGUGGUUUAGCUGUAGUGGCCUGGAGAGGUUCAGAGGACUCGGUAUCUGGGUGGCCAGGUGGCUGAAUCAUGGUUGCAGCAACCAGUGGUGAGGUAAGGUGCCGCACAGGAAUAACUCGGUCCAUUUAUUUUCAGUGUCUCACUUUAUUUAAUUUGUUCAUGCUCAUAUGUCAGUAGUGGUAUUCAUUAUGCAUAACUGGAAAUAUAUGUGCAGGGUAUGUACAGAUGUGUGUAAAUAUGCACACACCCUGUAUUUAUUCAUUCCAAUAUUUAUAUGAUCAUAAGUCUUAUAAUUGCACAUAGGACACAUUUUGCAUGAUGGAUAUCCCUGAUUUGCUGUUUUUUUUAAGUUCUGGAGAAUGCCAUUGCCAGUGAAACAUUCAUAGGGCAAAACAACAAAUAUCACACCUUUUUGCACCAUAUGUCAUCAGCAGUGUGUGUGUGUGUUUCUGACCCCUAAUAAUUUGUUCUUGCACUAAGAGUUUUAGUGGUGAUCUGGCUCACAUCACAACAGGUGGUAGGUAGAGAAUGACUUGUCAUAGACAAUACUCCUUUCCAAAGAUUUUCGGGUAAAUAUGAUGCAUCCUACAUGAUAUUAGUUGGCAUACAUGUGCCACAAACACCUAUAGUCACCUUGAGGUGCUACCUUGAGGUGCUUCCGGGGCUUAGCGUCCCUGCGGCCCGGUCGUCUACCGGGCCGCGUCAUACUACAAACAACAGAUCUCAGUAUUACUAUUUUCAUUACAUUUAGUAGCUUGGGGAUCAAAUUAGCUUCAAAUGGCAAAAUGAAAACAGAUGUGAUAACCAAACCACAUAUCAGAAAAUGGAGAAACAAUGACGUUUCGGUCCAUCCUGGAUCAUUAUCAACCAACCCGUUCUCGCAAAUUUAAUAAGUCAAUAUUGACUUAUUAAAUAUGUGCAUAGGUGACAUACUUAACACUUUCGCGCUUAGGAUUAUCCAUGAGUCGUCACCGUAUUUUCUUACGUUUUCGCAUAACAGACGACGCCUGUAGUCCAUCGAAAAAAUAUUUGUAUAAAAUCCAUUUAUUAUCCGAUCAACUUGGGAAUAGUAUACAAAUGUUUGCCAUGAAAUUUACGUUUUCUCUAAUAGCCGAACAGCUUAUAAAAGAAAACGGC